AUGUCGGACUUCGUCCAUGGUGAUCAGGCUGAUCUAAAACAUGCUCACCAUGUUAAACAUUCCCAUGAUCUGGAACACGGCCGCCUCGAAAAAGACCUUGAUCCUGCUGUGAUCACGGCUGGAAGUCAUGAAUCCGAGGGCGACUCUGAGGAAAUAGUCUUGGCUAGACAACUUCGAGAAAAGAAAGGCUUCCUGCGUAGUCUGCGACGUGGUGAAGAAUGGCUUGACGAAAAGCUGGGAAUCGAAACGCAAGGCAUUGAUAGGAUACACGAAGAAGACAAGCAACCUCCGUCAAUUCUCAACGUCUUCUUUCUCUGGUGGUCUCUCACAAUGCAUGUUGGUACCAUACCAAUUGGCCUUCUUGGUACGGAUCCCGAAGUCUACGGUCUCUCCCUCAGUCAAGCAGUUGGCGCCAUUAUUGUUUCAACUAUUUUGGGAGCCGCUUGCACUGCAUACACUGGUACUCUUGGUCCAAAGCUUGGUCUCCGUGCAAUCGCAUGUUCUCGAUAUUCCUUCGGUUUCUACGGUGCGAAACUCUGCUCAGUUCUCAAUGUUAUUAUCGGUGGAGGUUUUGCCGUGGUCAAUAUUGUGGUGGUGGGUCAGAUUUUGGCUGCCGUCUCUGAUUACACUAUGACAAUCGCGGUGGGAAUUGUCAUCAUCGCAGUCAUCAGUUAUAUUGUAUCAAUUUUCGGCUUCAGAAUCAUUCAUACAUGGGAGAAAUACUCGUGGAUCAUGACAUUCAUUAUCAUGUGUGUCUUAAUUGGCCAGGUCGCUCCCAAGAUGGAACCAAGUCUCCCAUCCGAGGUUUCUGGUCUCGGUUUCUCAGGCUCUUGGCUUAGCUUCUUCGCUGUGUGCUUUUCUUCAGCCUCGGGAUGGUGCUCAAUUGCUUCAGAUUACUACUGCAACUACCCUGCAAAUACCAAGGGCUGGAAAAUCUUCUUCCUUACCAUCAUGGGAAUCUCCCUUCCAACGAUCUUUGCAACUAUUAUCGGUGCAUGUCUGGGAAAUGCGGCAUUGGCUUCGUCAAACAAUCCAACUUGGGCGGCGGCAUAUAAUGACCAUGGACUUGGUGGUCUUCUUCUAGAGUCUUUUCAUCCGUUCCGAUUCUCCAAGUUCUGCCUUGUCCUCCUGGUUUUCUCAGUUAUUGGUAACAACGUCGCUGUGAACUACUCUAGCGGUCUUGGUCUUCAAUUGCUUGGUCACUAUUUCCAUGCAAUCCCAAGAUUUAUCUGGUCAUUUGUCAAUGCUCUUGUAAUUGCUGUUCUUGCAAUCGCUGGUAGAUCAAGCUUAUCCAGCAUCGUCAGCGACUUUGUCUCUCUACUUGGAUAUUGGACGGUGUCUUUCACAUUUAUUCUCCUGAUAGAAGAUAAAUGGUUCCGUCGUACAGAAGGUUACGAUUUGAACUCUUGGGAUAGACCCGACAAACUACCAUGGGGCUUGGCUGCUGUUAUGGCUCUUUUGGUUGGUUAUCUGGGUGGUGGUCUGCCUGGCAUGGCUCAGGUUUGGUAUGUCGGCCCAAUUGCAGCUAAAUUUGGACCAUACGGAGGCGAUGUUGGAAUCUUCUUAAGUGGUGUCUUCACUAUCGUGACGUAUCCUCCACUUCGAUGGUACGAGCGUAAAAUCACUGGUAGGUAG